AUGAAAAAGCUGCUUUCAAAGAACUUAUCUACAAACUAUUCAAGCCAGUCAGCUCUCAAGUCUCUACCAAUUCCUCACAAUUUGCAGCGGUCACGUUUUCCAUCCGCCGCCGAAUGUGAAGGUAACUUUUAUCAUUCCUUGGCUAAUCCAAAUUCUUCACAUCCACAGAUGAAGCACAAAGCAGAAAAAUCUAAGCAGCCCUUAUUCCCUUACACCUCAAUCCCACCUCCUUCUUCCGCGCCGACACACUCAACCCAGACCAACCAUUCUUCUAUCAAUUCCCAAACCCGGAACAACCCCACGACCACCACGCCGACGGCAAAUUCGGUCGCCACGGACACAUCUAAGAUUACUGUAAAUUCGGCGGCAGUGGACGGUGCAGGCGACGGGAGGAGGGAGUCGAAGGGGAGAAGAUCUCGAAGCGGGGGUGAACCUCCAUUGGCGGCGAGAUGCAGACCUUCUGGACGAGGAGGAUUAGGUUUUUGUGUGGAGAGAAUUAAUGAGGGUUUCAAAGAGCAUAUUCUGGAAUUAGAA